AUGUGGAGUAACGUGAAGGUCAAACAGUUUCCGUUGUGUCGCACUGUCUCCAUUCCCGAUGCCCACGCAGAACGUGGUGUCUGGACACUCAACCAUCGAAGCUUCGAGUCGACCACGACAUCAGUCUGGGAUCGCAUUUCCAACUGGGUUUCGGAGAACAAGGCAGUUGUCUACACCAUUGCCGGCGUGGCAGUAGUAGUUACCGGCGCUGGUGUUGUCUACUACCUGUCCGAUUCCAACAAGUCGAGCGCAUCCUCGACACCCUCCGCGCCCAAGAAGUCCAAGAAUCAGCGACGCAAGGAAAAGAAGAAGGCCGAGGAGGAAAAGAAAGCGAAGUCUGCGUCUGUCGAGGAAGGUCGGUACCGGAACGCCCUGGCUUCGGCUGGUCAUACGAGUGUGCGGUCGUCUGACACUGUUACAGAGCCAGCAAAGAAGGCUGAAGAGCCAUCCGAGGAGCUUCCGGAAGUCGACGAGGCAACUGUCGGCCAACUUUCUGAGGAUACCCGGAAGGAGUAUGCUGCUAAGCUGAAGGCUGCCGGCAACAAGGCUUACGGCUCCAAGGACUACAACAGCGCUAUUGACCUAUAUGGCAGAGCCAUCAUCUGCAAGCCCGACCCUGUGUUCUAUUCCAACCGUGCCGCCUGCUACAAUGUUCUAUCCGAAUGGGAAAAGGUUGUGGAGGACACCAGCGCCGCCCUUGCUAUGGACAGCGAGUAUGUCAAGGCCCUCAACCGCCGAGCCAUCGCCUACGAGCACCUGGGCAAGUUCAGCGAGGCUCUCCUGGAUUUCACCGCUAGCUGCAUCAUCGAUGGGUUCUCCAACGACGUUAGCCGCAACGCUCUCGAGCGCCUUCUGAAGAAGGUGGCGGAGCAGAAGAGCAAAUCCAUUCUUGAGGCCCGUACCAAGAAGCUGCCUAGUGCUACCUUCGUCUCGAACUACUUGCAGAGUUUCCGUCCCCAGACGCUUCCUGAGGGUCUUGAGGAGUCUGUGGAGCUGAGCGAGGGCUCAGGAAAGGCCCUUUUGCGCAAGGGUCUGAUUGCUAUGGGCAAGAAGACUGGAGAUAGCUAUGAGGAGGCUGCCGCUGCGUUUGACCAGGCCUUGGAAGCUGGUGACCUCGGCGAAUACGAGGCUCUGGCCUUGAACAUGAAGGCGACUUUCACAUAUCUCGGCGGUAACGCUACCGGUGCCUUGGAGGGCUUGCACAAGAGCAUUGAGCUCGACCCCUCUUUGGUGCAAAGUUACAUCAAGCGUGCCAGCUUGCACCUCGAGCUUGGCAACAAGGACGCUGCCGCCGAUGACUUUGAGCUGGCCAUUUCCCACAACAAGGACGAUCCCGACAUCUACUACCACCGCGCCCAGCUGCACUUCAUCCUUGGUGAAUUCUCCGAGGCCGCCAAGGACUACCAAAAGUCCAUCGACCUCGACCGGUCCUUCAUCUACUCCCACAUCCAGCUUGGUGUGACUCAGUACAAGAUGGGCUCCGUCGCUUCGGCGAUGGCCACCUUCCGCCGCACGGUGAAGAACUUCGAGGAGGUCCCGGACGUGUACAACUACUACGGCGAGCUGCUCCUUGACCAGCAAAACUACUCCGAGGCCAUUGAGAAGUUUGACAAGGCGGUUGAGAUGGAGAAGCUGAGCAAGCCCAUGGGAAUCAACGUUCUUCCCCUCAUCAACAAGGCUCUGGCCCUGUUCCAGUGGAAGCAAGACUUCCAAGAGGCCGAGAACCUCUGUCAAAAGGCACUUAUCAUCGAUCCCGAGUGUGACAUUGCCGUCGGCACCAUGGCUCAGCUGCUGUUGCAGCAGGGCAAGGUCUCGCAGGCGCUCAAGUACUUUGAGCGGGCUGCUGAGCUUGCUCGCACCGAGGCCGAGAUUGUCAAUGCUAUCUCCUACGCCGAGGCCACCCGUACUCAACUGGAGGUUCAAGAGAAGUAUCCCCAGCUGGCCGCUCGUCUCACUGCGAUGGGUGCUAUGGGCGGUGCUCCCCCCGGCAUGUAA